AUGGCACCCACGCUUUACACCGACGAGACCCCGGAGCCUAUCAGGUCCUCUAAGGGCCUCCAUUUAAUCACCCAAAGUACUCCCAACGGCCAAAAAGUCCAGAUCCUCCUCGAGGAACUCAAAGCUAUCUACGGCACAGAAUGGGGAACCUCAAUCAUUAACAUCGGUACCAACGAGCAAAAGAAGGAUUGGUUCCUCCGAUUAAAUCCGAAUGGUAGAAUUCCAGUCAUCAUUGACAACGAUAAAUCGUUCUCAGUAAUGGAAACAUCUGCCGAACUUCUUUAUCUAGUUGAACGCGAGGAUAAAGAUCAUCACUUCACUUUUACCGACCCAUUGGAGAAGAGUCAGUUGUUGCAAUGGCUCUACUUCUGGCAUGGUAGCGGUGCUCCAUACCAAGGACAAGUCAACCACUUCUUCAAAUAUGCCCCGGCACCACCAGACCAGCUUCAGUACGCCCAAACUCGCUUCAAGAACGAAACUCUUCGCGUUUUUGGCGUUAUCGAAAUCCACCUAUCGGGAAAAUAUACCGGCGAGCCUCGUGAAUACUUAGCAGGAAAUGGUAGCGGAAAGUAUUCUAUCGCCGAUAUUGGUACUUGGCCAUGGAUCAAAGGCUGGGGCUGGUCCGGCGCAAUCACCAAGGAGGAUAUGGAAGCAUUCCCGCAUUUGCUGAAAUGGAUCGAUCGUAUUGCCGAAAGGCCAGCUGUCAAACUUGGCACUGGGGAUGCUUAUGAUGCUUCAAAACGACCAGAGCUCUAUGUUGGAGAGAAGAGGUAG